AUGGCAGCACCUGCACAGCGAGGCAAGCCAGCUGGCAAGAAGAGCAAGGAUGACAGAAAGGGGUUCAGAGGCUACAAGUGGGAAUUCAAAGACAGCAAUAAAGACUUCUGGAUGCAGGGACAUGCUGAGUCCAAGAGUCUGGCUUUGAUAUGCAUUAUCACUGCACUGAUCUGUUUCCAAAGGGUGGCCACGCACCCCUUCCUGAUCCUGAUCCUCACUAUGGAGCUGUCAAUCUGUGCUUUCUUCUUCUUCCUCUACUCCUUUGCCAUCAACCGAUACAUUCCCUUCAUCUUCUGGCCCAUGAUGGAUUUGAUGAAUGACUUAUUCUCCAGCAUGUUCCUGUUAGGUGGUGUAGCCUUUGCUGUUGAAGCGAGACGAGAGUUCCCAAUGCCCUACUUAGUUGGUAUGAUCCUAAUGGGAGUUGCUGCCUUUUUUACCAUCAUUGACCUGUGUCUUCAGAGGAGACAAUUCAAAGCCAGGAAGCUUCGAAAGUAUAUACUUCUCGCCCCAGACCAGAGCGGCAAGAUGCAAGACCCGAAACUCCUUCUCAUGCUAGCCGCCAAAGAGGAUGAGGAGGAAAGACAGAAGGAACAGGCAGAGAGAGCCAAGAGGGAGGCAGAAGCCUGGUGA